CACUUUUCGCGUUCCUUUACCUCCUUCUCCCUCUGUCUCACUUCUUCUUCUCCCUCUUAAUACUCCUCCUCAUACCAUCUUUGGCAUCAUCGACUCUUCGCCCCACUCGAUCUCUAUCUCAGACCUCGUUUUCAUAUCAGCAUACCACGCCCUACCACCAUGACUCUCUGCUUGAACCGUCUUCAAGAGGAGCGGAAGCAGUGGCGCCGUGACCACCCCUUCGGCUUCGUCGCAAAGCCCCAGCGCACCCCGCAGGCGACACUGGAUUUGAAGCGCUGGGAGUGCGCCAUCCCUGGAAAGAAGGACACUCUCUGGGAGGGCUGUGUGUUGAAGUUGGAGCUUAUCUUCCCCGAUGAAUAUCCGACAAAACCUCCCAAGUGCAAAUUCACUCCUCCACUUUUCCACCCGAAUGUCUACCCAUCCGGCACGGUCUGCCUCUCAAUCCUGAACGAGGAGGAAGCAUGGAGACCUGCAAUCACCAUCAAGCAGAUUCUCCUCGGUAUUCAGGAUCUGCUCAACGACCCUAACCCCGAAUCACCGGCGCAGGCCGAUGCCUACAAUCUAUUCAAGAAGGAUCGUCCUGCAUAUGAGCGGCGUGUGCGCCAGGUUGUGAGGGAAAAUCCGCCGAUGUAAGCGCGACAGGCGAUUUCUCAAAAGCAUGAGCUACGACGGCGCCAGAUUAAUGAUUACUUUUUUUUUUCUCUACUUCAUUUCUUUGUCAUGAUGUUCCGGUGAGCGAGAGCAGGACUGAACUGCAUGGGUUACCUGUCUCAGCGAAGGGAGCAUCACUAGCCUUUUCUGAGCAACCGAUCACGAGCGCGGCGUUGGCCCAAUGGAAGGCGUUGAUUUUACAGCGAACAGCUGGCAUUUACAAGUUCUAUGCAUGGACUCGGUG